CGUAGAAACCGUAGAAUUUUGCAGUAUAAAUUGUCGGACCGGCGAUCUAGGGCCUUACCGGCUGAUUGAAAAACGCUCCACACACAUCUGCGAUCUAGUUUGCCACGAUGUUUCGGGAAAUUGUUUUUUGUGUUUUGGUGUUCUGCGGCGUUCAGAUAUCUGAGGCAGCGGUAACUGGUUGGACAGCUCCGGGAGUUAUCGCUACCACAGAUGGGAGUUUUACGAUUCUAGCCGCGGACGCAAUAGCAGAAGGUAGCGCUGUUGGGACAUCCCUCUUUACAGCCACAGCAACUGCUGACAACGCCGUUGGCCCCUAUAUUCUUGUUGAUGAUGCGGGUGGUAAAGGAACGAUAGAUGGAGGCACUGGCGUAGUGUCCUUGGCAACCGGCCAGACGCUGGAUUUUGAAACUGCUCCAACUCUUAUUUUCGAAGUUAAGGCUACUGAUGGUACAGACAACGGUGUUGGAACAGCCACCAUUACCCUUACAAUUUCCGACGUCAACGAAGCACCAGCAUACGUAGAAGCACAAUUCACUGCUUGUGUUGAGGACAACUCUGGUGCUGACACGCUGGUAGGCACAUACACAGCCACAGAUCCGGACGCAGGCGAUUCCAUCACAUACUCCAUUGCCACUGGAGACACCAAUUCUGAGUUCGCGUACGGGACUGAUGGUCAACUGAAAGUGGCGCCAAGCAAGACGCUUGACAAAAGUGCAACGCCAGCCUACACGUUGGUGCUUCAUGCCACUGAUGACGACGCCGCACCCCUUAUCGGAACAGCAACGGUGACAUUGAGCGUCGAGUCAACAUGCAGCGGCGCGGAAGCCAUCGGUGCCAUGUUUGCGUCUGUGCUUCUGUCUGCGAUUGUUUUUUGUCUGAUCUAAAUUGAAGAGUUUGAAAAUUACCUUUCAGAGAAAGUUUUCAACAAGGCUGUGAUUUGAGAUUUAAAGACAAAUAUCGUGUGAAGAACUAGAAAUUAUUUAAAAUUAUGAAAAAACAACAACACAAAAACACACACAAAUAUUUCUUAAACAAUUCGAUGCUGAUUUUUUUUUAGUUUCAAGUCGUUGUUUCCUUAAUAUCCCUUAAUAUCAAUGCAUUUUUAACUUUUUAAAAUAUUCAUAUUUUCUAACUGCAGUUGGAAAUACUUUAAUUUUGUAUAUUAUUUGAGAACCCCUUUACAACUACCAUGGGUUAUGACAAGUCAUAUUUUCCAAUGAUAGUUCGCUGAACUGACGACCCGAUUCUAAAAUUAGCGAGGUUGCGAAACGCUACAUGUACAUGCACGUGAUGGCUUCUCUUCAAAUGCUAUACUUUCUAGUUAUGGGCACAAUUUAUAAAUCAUAAACUUGUAGCCGAUAUGAAUCUUACUCACACUGGUUUGAGAAAUUAAGCCAAACGCAAUAUACCCACGGUUACACUGGUACAAAAUUGAAUCCAAUCACAAGGACGCGCAUCGAUGUCUUUGAGCCUACACGUACAAACAACUUUUGACACCAACUGCAACCUUUAGUGCAACUACACGCAGUGUUUCGCAAACGAGUUGUUAUCUCUGUUUUAUCUGAAGUGAUUUGCUGUAUACCUUCAAUUCUUGCUUUUAUUAUUAUACUUUGAUAAAUAUUUGUGAUCUUUGUACAAUGACAGUAUUGUUUCUUAUACAUACGGUAAUUGCAUUUUGUUAAAAAAUGUCAACUGUUUAUACUAUUAUGUGAUCAUUAGAUCAGAGUUGUAAACAUGUUUUUCAUAAAACGUAGUUGCUUAAUUAGCCACCAUCCAAUAUAUGUGAUAUAAAAAAAGACAAACAAUUUGAAUUCAAUCGUUCGGCUUUUUACAACCGAUUAUGAGUUAUAUUACCCAUAUUUCUUUUAAAGUGUGUAGUGUGUAUACUAAUUGCGGAUGCCAGUCAGAUUUACGGAGAUUGUCUCGAUUUGAAAACAUUCAAAUUACUUUUUCGAACUACAUUAUGAUUUUUUUUGAACUUUUGGACAAUGUUAUGAUUCUCAAUUAUAUAGCCUAGGUAAAUCUAACAUGAAUUACUGGCACAGUAACGACACUUGGAUUUCUUAGAGCAGUACUUUAACAUUUUGGUCACUCUCGAGACAAUUUCUUUACUGACAAGCUACCGAUUGUGUGAUAAAAAUAAAUGAUAUGAAACGCCA